AUGGAGUAAUAGGUUAAUUGCUUUAAUAAUCUGGAAGAUUUAAUGAAAUCGAACUUGAAAACUCUAACUCUUAUUGACUUACAGUUAAAAAAUUGUACUCUUAGUAAUGAAUAAAUUACUUAGCUUAAUACUUCUUUAGUAUAAUGCCAAAAAUUAGAAUCUUUGAUAUUAAAUCUUAAUAAAGAAAAUAUUUCUGAUGAUUAGAUAUGUUAAAUAUUUGCUGAAUACUCUUACUUAAAGGAUUUAAUUGAAACUAAUAAUAUUAGUAAUGAUUAAAUAUAUGCCCAAAUUUUGUCUUUCAAGAAUAUCUUUAACUUAGAACUUAAAGCUUGUAAAGAACCUAGAUUAAAUGAAAUUUAAGCUUAAGGAAAUAUUCUAUUAGAAGAAACUAUGAGCAAUCUAACUAAUCUCAAAAGUUUGCAGCUAAAUUUAGAUGGAAAUUAAAUUGAAGAUGGAGAUGCAAUUUAGAUUUAGAAAGUAUUACAUAAAUGCAAAGCACUUACUAACUUAAAUUUGUAGCUUUGGAAUAAUAAAAUAGGUGAUAGAUAAAUAGAGAGUAUAGCUGAAGGUAUUAAUAUUUGUGCUAAUCUGACAACCUUAACUUUAAACGCAUCAGCAAAUUUAUUUGGAAAUGAAGGUGCGUUUUCAAUUAGUAAAGCAUUAGGUGGUUGUUGUAGAAUGUUGAAUCAUCUAGAUAUUAACCUCUCCAAAAAUUAAAUUGGAGAUGAAGGAGUAUCUGCUAUUUGCAUUGUACUAGGUAGCUGUAGAUUACUUAUGAAUCUAAAAUUUGAGUUUUGUAACAGUUAAAUUGGAGAUGAAGGAGCAUAUUCUUUUGGGAAAGCAUUAAGUAGCUGUAAGUCACUUAUUAAUUUAAAAAUUUCGCUUAGGGAAAAUAAAAUCGGUGACAAAGGAGCAUAAAAUAUUGGAUUAGGUUUAAGUAACUGCACUCAACUUACCAGUUUAGCUUUUGACAUAGCCCUAAAUUAAAUUGGGGAUGAAGGAGCUUUUACUAUCGGUACAGCACUUGGUAACUGCAAAUUCCUAACUAACCUCAACUUUUAGAUUUGGAAAAAUAAAAUUGGUGAUAAAGGAGCAUAAAAUAUUGGGUUAGGCUUGAGUAACUGCACUUAACUUACAAGUUUAGCAUUUAGCAUAGCUUAAAAUUAAAUUGCGGAUUAUGGAGCUUCUUCUAUUGGUAAAGCAUUUGGUAACUUCAAAUUCCUUACUAAUCUCAACUUUUAGAUUUGGGAUAAUAAAAUUGGUGGUGAGGGAGCAUAUAAUAUUGGAUUAGGCUUGAUUAAUUGCUCUCAACUUACAAAUUUAACAUUCGGCAUAAAUAAUAAUUCUAUUGGGGAUAACGGAGCUUCUAGUAUCGGUAGAGCACUUGGUAACUGCAAAUUCCUAACUAAUUUAUACUUUUCGAUUUGGAAUAAUAAAAUCUGUGAUGAAGGAGCAUAAAAUAUUGGAUUAGGCUUGAGUAACUGCACUUAACUUACAAAUUUAGUAUUUGACAUAUCUGAUAAUUAAAUUGGGGAUGAUGGAGCUUCUAGUAUCGGUAGAGCACUUGGUAAUUGUAAAUUCCUAACCAAUCUCACCUUUUCGAUUUGGAAUAAUAAAAUCUGUGAUGAAGGAGCAUAAAAUAUUGGAUUAGGCUUGAGUAACUGCACUUAACUUACAAAUUUAGUAUUUGCCAUAUCUGAAAAUUAAAUUGGGGAUUAUGGAGCUUCUAGUAUCGGUAGAGCACUUGGUAACUGCAAAUUCCUAACUAAUUUAUACUUUUCGAUUUGGAAUAAUAAAAUCUGUGAUGAAGGAGCAUAAAAUAUUGGAUUAGGCUUGAGUAACUGCACUUAACUUACAAAUUUAGUAUUUGACAUAUCUAAAAAUUAAAUUGGGGAUGAUGGAGCUUCUAGUAUCGGUAGAGCACUUGGUAAUUGUAAAUUCCUAACCAAUCUCACCUUUUCGAUUUGGAAUAAUAAAAUCUGUGAUGAAGGAGCAUAAAAUAUUGGAUUAGGCUUGAGUAACUGCACUUAACUUACAAAUUUAGUAUUUGACAUAUCUAAAAAUUAAAUUGGGGAUGAUGGAGCUUCUAGUAUCGGUAGAGCACUUGGUAAUUGCAAAUUCCUAACUAAUUUAUAGUUUUUGAUUUGGAAUAAUAAAAUCUGUGAUGAAGGAGCAUAAAAUAUUGGAUUAGGCUUGAGUAACUGCACUUAACUUACAAAUUUAGUAUUUGACAUAUCUCAAAAUUAAAUUGGGGAUGAUGGAGCUUCUAGUAUCGGUAGAGCACUUGGUAAUUGCAAAUUCCUAACUAAUCUCGCCUUUUCGAUUUGGAAUAACAAAAUCGGUGAUGAAGGAGCAUAAAAUAUUGGAUUAGGCUUGAGUAACUGCACUUAACUUACAAAUUUAGUAUUUAUCAUAUCUAAAAAUUAAAUUGGGGAUGAUGGAGCUUCUAGUAUUGGUAGAGCACUUGGUAACUACAAAUUCCUAACUAAUCUCUAAUUUUCGAUUUUUUAAAAUAAAAUUAGUGAUAAAGGAUUAUAAAAUAUUGCAUUAGAACUAAGUAACUGUACUUAACUUACAUAGUUAUUUCUUAAAUUAGAAAAAUAUGAUAAGUUUCUAAAAUCCAGUCAAAUAAUCAAUUGUAAAAAUAUAAAGUUAUUAAAAUUGAUUAGAUAUGAAAACACAGAAAAUAAAAGAUUAGCUUAGAAAAUAAAAAGAUUAGUUAAAUUAAUUAUAGAUUGA